AUGGUUGCCGGAAGGAAUGAUGAAGCUAUCGCUGAGACAUUGGCAAUUUUGGCUGGCGCCAUUGGACAAGGUCAGCAAGCGAACCUUGGGAACCAUAAUCAGGAUGAAUUCUGUGCUUUGGGAAAGUUUCAGAGGAACAAUCCGCCAACCUUUGAAGGAGCAUACGACCCUGACAAAGCACAGGCAUGGCUGAAAGCAAUUGAGAAGAUCUUUCGAGUCAUGAAUUGUACUGACGCGCAGAAGGUGCAGUUUGGCACCCAUAUGCUUGAGAAAGAAGCUGAAGAUUGGUGGGACAACACUGUUCAGAGGUUUGAAGGUGAUGGGAUGGAGAUUACUUGGGAUCUUUUCAAGGGUGCAUUUCUGGAGAAGUACUAUCCAGAAGAUGUGCGUGGAAAGAAGGAAAUUGAGUUUCUUGAACUGAAGCAGGGUAAUGGAACCGUGGCGGAGUAUGCUACAAAGUUUGAGGAAUUGAUUAAGUUUUGUCCCCACUACAAUACUGCCGAAGCUGAGAGAUCUAAGUGUAACAAGUUUGUGAAUGGUUUGAGACCUGAGAUCAAGAAGGUUGUGGGAUAUCAACAGAUUAUUCGAUUUUCUGACCUGGUUAACAGGAGUAGGAUAUAUGAUGAGGAUAGCAGGGAAAGUGCUGCUCACUACAAGUCUUUGAAAGAGAAGAAAGAAAAGGGGCAAUUCAGAGGGAAACCGUAUGGGAAUCCUGCUGAUAAGGGUAAACAAGAAGCUGGUCAUGACAAGAAGCCGAGUGGGGGAGGAGCUCCUAAUCCGGUUAGGUGCUACAAGUGUGGUGUUGAAGGACAUCGUUCUCCUGAAUGUCCCAAUUCAGAAGCAACAUGAUUUAAGUGUGGCAAGCUGGGCCACAAAUCCUUUGAGUGCCUAGAAGGUAAAACUGUGGCAUGCUACAGAUGUGGAGAGCAAGGUCACAUCAGUACUAAUUGUGACAAACCCAAGAAGGAUCCUGCAAGGGGGAAGGUGUUUGCUUUAUCUGGUGCUGAGACUACUGCUGAGGAUAGACUAAUUCGAAGUAAUCAGGAGGAGUAGUCUAUAGCCUUUAUUUCGAGUUGGAGUCCUUCCUCUGAUACGUAGCACUCGGGGGGGGGGGGGGGAAUGGACGCUUGUUUUCCUUCUGUUAUAAUUUGAAUUAAGUUGUUAUUUGAGAAGUUGUUUCUGUUUUAAGUUGUGGGCAAGAUACUAUGUUUUCUUUAAGUUUUAAAGACAUUGGAUUCGCUGCAUAACUAUUUGUCAAAGUGAACUAGUUCAAAGACUAAUUAACUGUCACAAGAGCAUUUAAGUUUA